GCUUACUUGCUUGUAUGUUCUACUUCUCUAUUUGUGCCUUCAAAUUACACAGUGCUUAAGAAGGGAUUAUCUAAUUUCUUUAAGCACAGCACUCCUGGCACAGUGUCUUCCCCUCCAAACCCGCCUGGGAUACAUAAUGUCAGAUCCUCCCCUGGCUGCUUGAGCAAAACUCUUUCUGUAAAGUAAGGUUCUCAUUUAUAUUACAUUUUUUAUCUCUAUUAGCAUCUAACUCCCUAAAAUAACAAAAAAUCUUCAUGUAGGUUUAGCCAAUUCUGAAAGUAUUAAACUCUGUUUCAGUCCCGUGCAUGCAUUCAUCUUUAAUUACCUGUCUGGAUUAACUACAAGUGCAGCAACACGUAGAAGUAAACAAAGCCACAUGUGCAAGUGUUUGCAAGAUCAUAGCUCAUUUUUUUUUCUCAGUGAUAGCAGUACUUUCCAGUCAGCUUUGCUCUAUACGGUACCAAUAGCAUGCCUGUUUUCUAGCAUGUCCUGCUGGCGAGAAGGCUCCGUCCCAUUCUUGUGAAGUUGCUGGACUUCAGAUACCCAAACCUGCAUUUUGCAGGGCAGGACUGGAGCUGUGAGAUACCCCUGAACAGCAAAGUUUCAGCCAUUUGGGAACUCCAACUGAAUACUGCCUUGUGCUGCCUUGGCAAAAGGCAUGGUAAGAACAACAAAACCGCUCUGUCCUCUACCUUCACCUGUCUUAGCAUUUCAGAUCAAAUUCUAGUUCUUGGUCUUUAUCUUCAGGUGAUACGUGACACAUGCCCAGGACGUCCAACGGGUAAAAUGCUCUCGGGCGUGUGCCUUUUCUGUGGAAUGAAAUACCGGGACCGUGGGCGCUCCAGGCAUUCCACAUUCUGCACUGAUGUUGCCCUCUGGAGUGUACAGAGUUGGUCCAAACGCUACGCAGAGAAGAGAAAACCCCCUGUGCUGGGUUUGCGUGGCGGGGUUUGGCCCCACGGCCGGGGCCUGGUGGGGGCGGGACCGGGAUCGCGAUCGCACCGGUCAGCGCGCCGGCAAGGCAGCACCGCGCUGCAGCCACCGUCCGCCCGUCCGUCCGUCCGUCCGGCUCCGGGCUGCGCGGCGGAGGGUGAGCGCGGGGCUGCGGCGGGUGGGAGCGGCGCGGCGGGGGCCGGGCCCGGCGGGGCGAGCGGGGUCCCCGCUGCCUGCGGGGCACGUCCCGUGUUUGCAGGGGGCCGCGGACCUCCCUCCCCCCCCCCCGCACCCCAACCCCAGGAGCGGGGGUCGGGCCGCGUGGCCGUCCGCGCGUGGGAGGCGCGGCGGUGCUGGACGGCGGCGGCGUGGCCGUGGGGGCGGGUGGCGGUGCCGCCGCUCUUCGCCUUUUUGCCCGCGGAUCUGCUGCCUCUUCCCUCCGUCCACCCGCGGGGCGGCGGCCGGCCGCGUCCCCACGCACGUCUCCGGUGACCCGAAGGGCCGCCGCCCCCUCCCAGAGCUCGGCUGCGUCCUCGAACUUCGCCUCAGCGCCCGUCCCCGCCGCUGCUUUACAGCCCGCCCGUGGAAAUACACCGCGUCUGCGCUGAGGAAAGCAACAGCAGAGGGAGAGGACGCGUCCGGCCCCCGAGAGGAGAAGGAGGAGGGGGGAUGGAGGAAGGGGCCUGUGUGUGGGCGUCUGCCCGUGCGUGGGCUGAUGGCAGCGAAGUCCCUUGGCGCUAGCCGAACCGAAGGCAUGUGGCUGAGGAACCCAGGCCCCCAGCAUGAGAAACGGACUCUCUUUGGAGACAUGGUGUGCUUCUUGUUUAUCACUCCGCUAGCAACCAUCUCUGGCUGGUUGUGUCUACGAGGAGCAGUGGAUCAUCUGCACUUUAGUAGUACGCUAGAAGCUGUUGGCCUCAUUGCACUCACUGUUGCACUCUUCACUAUUUACCUCUUUUGGACCCUGGUAUCGUUUAGAUAUCACUGUAGGUUAUACAACGAAUGGCGUCGGACCAAUCAGCAGGUGAUACUCCUAAUCCCAAAGUCUGCCAACGUCCCCUCCAACCAGCAGUCCCUGCUGGGACUGCAGUCCCUGAAAAGGAACUCAAAGGAGACAAUCGUUUGAUUUGAGCAGUUCUGCACAGUGGCCACGCACUAAAAAUAUCUUCCUCAAACUCAUUGGGGUCAGACACCAGGAGUAUGCUAUUCUGAUUUACAAACUCUGCAGAGGAAUAAAUCACUGUUUGAAUUCAAAUCAUGGAUGCUGCAAUCAUAAGAUACUUGCUAAGCUGCCAAACUUAUUUAUUUAGCAGAUACUGUAUGGAAUUCUACAAACUCAUGUUACUACCCACAUCAUCAAG